AUGCUCAAGUCUCUGGAUCAUCCUCAUAUUGUUCGUGUUUUCGAGGCCUUUGAAAGCACCGAGUCUUUGCAUAUUGUCAUGGAUUAUGCCGAAGGUGGAGAUUUGGCAUCGGUGAUACGGGAGACCUUGGACUCAGAUGCAAUGUUGCCUCAUAUUUGGGUUCAAAUGGCAGCUUUGCAAGUUGCCUCUGCUUUGGACUACAUGCACUCACGUGGGGUCAUCCACUGUGAUCUGAAGCCUGGCAACACCAUGCUGCUGACACCUUUUGUUCUUGCGGAUGCCUUAGCUGGACGAUCCAAGCCGCAUGUCCUCUUGGUUGACUUUGGGUUGGCAGAAAUUUUUGAUGAGCAGGCGGCUCUUGGCGGGCCUGCUACAGUCAAAGGCAGCCCAGCUUACCUCUCACCUGAAGGGUUCGAUGGUAAGCUGACACAAAAGAGUGAUACUUGGGCACUGGGAGUGAUGCUUUUCGAGAUGCUCGUUGGCACCAGGCCAUUCAGAGGGACCAACAACAUAUUUGUCCUCUACUGUCAGGUUGCAAAUACAGAGCCCGCCUUCGACAAAAUACCACCGGCUGCUUGCUCCCUGGUUCGUUCCCUCAUGGACAAGAAUCCGCAGAGUCGAAUGUCGGCCAGACAAUGCUUUGAGCACGAAUGGCUUCAACAAGUGAACACUUCAGCUGAAUAUUCUUCAGUGAACACCAUUUUGCCGAAGAAUCUUGGACGCCACACCAGCUAUUUUCACCGAGCUGUCACCUUCAGCAUGGCUGCGGCGCUGGGUAUGAAAGAGUUGACCGAAGACUAUCAGUUGUUCCAGGCGCUCGAUGCUGACAAGUCGGGCCAACUCGAUCAAGAUGAGCUUCGAUCCCUGGCAAAGGGUCUUCGCCAGGAUUUGAAUGCCUUGAUGGCGUCCAUGGAUCUGGAUCAGGAUGGCCAGAUCUCCUAUACAGAGUUCUUGGGGGCAACCUUAGACUUGGAAGAGGAGCGUGGGGAUCGCUUGAUGCGAUAUGCGUUCAGCACCUUUGAUCACGAUGGGGAUGGCAACAUCAACAUGGAAGAACUCAGGCGUCUUCUUUCAGGUGAUGGAGCUAUGCUUGUGUCAGAUGUGCUUCCUGAUGGCCAUACAGUGGAUGAGGUCAUGGAAGAAGUCUCAGGGGGUGAUGGAGUCAUCUCAUUCUCUAGAUUCAGGUCUUAUUUGAUGCACGUGAAGCAUGGAGGAGAGAGGGAUGCUGGCCGGCCUUUAGGAAAUUGGGUUGCGGGGAACCAGAAUGAAGACGACAUGCAGCAAGGCCAGGGUGAUGAGCAAGUUGCAGCUGAACCACAGGACGCUUCUGACCUAUUGAAUCGUUUGGAUGCAAGCGAAGUGCCAGAGGAGGAGGAAGAGGACCCUGAAGAGAACAGUCUCGCUCGUUUGGCUCUCAGCUUGGUAGAAUUGGCUUGCAGAAGUGCACGUUUGUCGAGUUCUGAUGAUACGGUGUAA